CGGCGCCGCAGCCCGCCGCGGCUCCCCGCUCUGGGCGGGCGGCCAGGGCACAUCCCCGCCUCAAGCCCCGGCUCCUGCGCUCCGAGCGGGGAGACGCCUCCUCGGACACGUUAAAAGUUUGGGGCGGCUCCGGCUCCGGCGGAGGCAGAGCCCGGCCGGGCGCUGCGAGAGCUCCGCGGGCGCCGAGCCCCCGGCCCCGGGCACCGCCCCACGCCGCUGCCGCUGCCGCGGGAAGAUGGCGAGCCGCAGCCGGCGCCUGCUGCUUCUGCUCUGCCUGGGGCUCCUGAGCUAUCCUGAUGUGUCUGGAAUCUCCAUUGAAACAGAUAACAAAAACGUAAAAGCAGAGGAGUUUAAAGAGGCUAUUCUUAGUUGCAAACACAAAUUUUCGAAAGGGAUGAGUUUAAGAAUAGAGUGGAAGAAAAUCCAAUCUCAAGGAGUCUCAUUUGUCUACUACAACAGUGAAUUUACAGGUGAUCUCCGAGGCCGAGCAGAGAUGCUGAAUACAGGAAUCCGAAUUAGGAACGUGACUAGAAGGGAUUCUGGGACCUACCGCUGUGAAAUCAGUGCCAAGAGUGAAGAGGGGCAACGCCUAGGAGAGGCUACUAUUACUCUCACAGUAUUGGUUGCUCCGACUACUCCAGUGUGUGAGGUACCCAGCUCCGCAAUGACAGGAACGGUCGUGCAGAUGAGUUGUAAGGAAACUGAGGGCUCCCCUCCAUCUGAGUACCAGUGGUACAAGAAUGGUGUUGCCUUGCUGGAGAAGACAGGAACAGGCAGUACCAGAGCAGCAAACAUAACUUACACCAUGAAUAAAAAGUCUGGCACUCUGCUGUUUAAUACAGUUACAAAGAAUGACACUGGAGAGUAUUUCUGUGAAGCCUCCAAUGGGAUUGGAUUAUCUCAGAAAUGCUCAGUGAAGCGAAUGCAAGUUGAUGACCUUAAUGUAAGCGGUAUCAUUGUGGCUGUAGUAAUUGUGGCUUUGGUGAUGGUGCUGUGUGGCCUUGGAGUAUUCUAUGCCCAAAAAAAGGGCUACUUUGGAAAGGAAAGUUCUUCCCAAAAGAAGACAAACUAUCAAUCUACAAGUGAAAAGGAUUUCAAGCAUACCAAGUCCUUUGUUAUUUAGAAGAUUUCAGCCUCUGUGAGGGACAUCAAAUUACUACUUGUUAUACAAAAGUAUCAAUGUCCUGGUUUCAGCUGGGAUAAUUUUCUUCAUAGUAGCUGUGUUUUGGAUUUAAUAUGAGAAUAAAGUUGAUAACACACUGAUGUUUUAGUUGCUGCUGAGUAGUGCUUACUCCCAGUCAAGGAGUCCUCAGAUUCCCAUGGUCUUCCAGUGAGGAGGUGCAAAAGAAGCAGGGAGAGGGCACAGCUGGGACAGCUGAUCUGAGUUGUCUAAAGGGAUAUGCAUAAAAUCACAGAAUCAUCGAAUAAGUUGAGUUGGAAGAGACCCAUCAGGAUCAUGAAGUCCAACUCCUGGCCCUGCACAGGACGCCCCAGGAAUCACACCAUGUGCCUGUCACAUUGUCCAAACACUUCUGGAACUCAAACAGGCUUGGUGCUUGGUCACUGCAUCCAUGCCAUAACAUCACUCCCAGUAUUUAAACUGGGGAAGUUGGCCAGGAAGAGCCAACUGCUGCUGGGGGACAGGCUGGUCACCAGUCUGUGAGUGGUGAGAAACUGUUGUGCAUCACUUGCCUUUCUUGGGCUUUACUCCUCUCUCUCCUUUUCACUACAAUUCAUAUUAUAGUUGUUUUUAUUAUCAUUAGUAUUAUUAGUAUCUUAUUUUACUUUGUUUCAAUUAUUAAACUGUUGUUUUUUCAACCCACCAGUUUUACUUUUUUUUUCCCCACUUCUCCCACUGGGCUGGAGUGGGGACAGUGAGCAAGCAGCCACAUGGGGCUGAGCUGCUGGCUGAGCUGCCGGCAGUUUUUUGGCACCCAAUGUGGGACUCAAAAGGUUGAGAUAAAAACAGCUCUGACUAGAGCAUGUUAAAACAAGUUUGUUAUAAGCCUUCCUUGUAUUGGUUUAAUAGUUGCUGGUCACCAUAUUGAUUCAUUUGCUCUAGCCCUGGGCUAAGGUUAUCACUGUGCUGUUCUGUGUUGUACUGGCUUGUGAAAUGAUGGAAUGACAUAAGCCUGCCUGGUGUUUGUCCCCUCUGUCCUUUGGGAGCCAUCUGCUGGAAACUAUCCACAGUUACAUCUACUGCCUUUUACCCUCAGAGAGCCAACCCAUGGGAAAAACACCUUCCUUCCCCUCCACGAUGAUUACAAUAGCAUUUGAGAAUUUUAAAGACUUUGCAAAUCCUGUGACUACCCUUGAAACCAACCUGGUCCUUUUGGUAACAAUCAGUAAGUUGUUGCGUAUGGUUCAGGUGUUCUUUAGGGUUAGGAAAUGAUGUGUGACAAAUCGAAACCCCACUGACAUGUACUGUACCUGCACAAACUUCAGUAAUAGGCCAACAAGAGGCAACCACUCAAUCCUUACUCCUGAGUGAGCUGCAGGAUAUACAUAAAUAUUUCAGCUGUUGUCCUGAUGAGCAUACUACCACCUAGCUGUUCCAAUGCUGGGAUAAUGGGACUAAUGGGUUGGAACUAGAGGGAAGGAAUCACUUUCUAACAAAGUAAGCAUUGACAAGGUGAUUGCAAGAGACACACAAGUCCCCAGCCUCUGGAAGCUACUCCUGUCAAGCCUGAAGGAAAGGUAUCCUUACAAGAAUGAUACUACGUGUCACUAUGCAAGUGGAAAGAUAUCCAAUACUUGAGGGAAUUAGCCAUGCUAGGGAUUUAUUUUGACCUGGACAAUACAAGGUUCCCCACAGGUCCAGACCUAUCCCUCUGCACAUGAUCCAUGUGGUGGAAGUUUGUAGAGUGUACCAAGAGUACACACCAACCCACUGGCAAUCCAAAAAGACAUCACACCACCAUCUGUGGAUACAGUGGCUUGCCAUCUCUGGGAAUUUGCAGACAACCUCUCUUCCUCUCUCAUCUGUGAAGAAACUAUCAGAUAAACUGUCCCAGGAGUUUCAGCAGUUCAAAGAGGUUAUGUUCUAUUCCUCACCUCUACAAACCCAUGCUAAUGACAUUAAGCACUGGCCCAAGAGGGAGGAUAUGGAAGCUACAUGCCAUGGGAUACCCUGUGGGUUAACUGAGAGACCACAGAGAAGGCAUGAAGAAUUGGGAUGGGAGACCUACCAUGACCCUAGAGACACGAAUUGUAAGGAAAACAAUCCCAAAUGGGGGUUCUUCCAGGAAAGC